CAGUAUGGAGCGUAUGGCUUUUAAUUCCCCUGGUCUAUAGCUGACAUGCGCUUGUUGUGAAAGAAGAGACAAAAAAAAUGUGGAUACCGACCGAGCACGAAAAAUAUGGCGUGGUGCUGGCAAACUUUCGUGGAACGGUUCAGCAUGGGCUGCCCCUGGAGAUCGGAGACACGGUGCAGAUUUUGGAGAAAUGUGAAGGAUGGUACAGAGGAUUCAUUGUAAAGAAUCCAAAUGUCAAGGGAAUAUUCCCAAGCAGUUACAUUCAUCUGAAACAUGCCCAUAUUAAGAACAAGGGGCAGUUUGAGACAGUCAUCCCGACAGAGGAGUCGGUCAUCACGGAGAUGACGGUGACGUUGCGAGACUGGGGAACCAUGUGGAAACAACUUUAUGUGAAGAACGAAGCCGAGCUUUUCCACAGACUCUGGCACGUAAUGACGGAGAUCCUGGAGCUGAGGCAGCAGGUCCUGCUCGGUCACCUGACCCACGAGCGCAUGACUGACAUCAAACAGCACAUUGUAGCGAGGCUCGACUGGGGCAACGAGCAGCUGGGAUUGGACCUGGUCCCCAGGAGGGACUUCAGUAUGGUAGACCCAGAUGAGAUCAGCGUCACCGAGCUCUAUCGUCUGAUGGAGCGGCGGCACCGCAAGCGAGAGCUUCCACCUCAGGCCAACAUGCAUCACCUGUUCCUGCAGACAAACAGCUUGCUAAACUGCAGCCUGGCUGAAGAGCUCGAGGUCUUCUUCUUCAUCUACGACAGCAGGGACAUGCGACCAAUCAGCGAGAGGUUUUUGGUGCGCCUCAAUAAGCAAGGGGUUCCUAAGUCACCUGAGAAAACAGAGAGGCAGUGCACGCUCUUUGUUGAUUUGGGAAGUAGCGAUCUCCGCAAAGAUGUAUAUGUUGUAGCUCAUAUUUUUAGAAUAGGGCGAAUGGUCGCUGGCGAGAAGAAGCCUGUGUGUAACACGCAGUACAGACGGCCGUUUGGCUGCGCUGUGAUCAACGUGUGUGACCUUCUGACGGCUGACUGCAAGGACGAGCACCUGCUCAAAGUUUACUCAUGCAACACUGAAAGCGAGUGGUACCAAAUUCAUGACAACAUUAUUCGGAAGGUCAGCUCCCGAUACAGUGCGGUCAGCUCCGGCACAGGACUCGCUGUGUCACUGCAGUUGCUGCACGGAGACCUGGAGCAGAUUCAGAAGGAAUACAUGCGUCUCUUUACACGCAAUGUCUCCAUCACAAGGAGACUCAGCUUCUCUGAUAUCAUCAUGCCAGGUGAAAUCAGGAAUGACCUCUACGUGACCCUAGAGAGAGGGGAGUUUGAGAAAGGGGGGAAGAGUGUUGCGAGGAACGUGGAGGUCACUGUGUAUCUUCUGGGAGCUGAUGGCCAGGUACUGAAGGGCAUGGUGUUGUCAGGUUCAGGUGAACCCGGGAUGGAUGACUUCCACUCGUUUGUCCUGUACCACAGUAACAGUCCUCGCUGGUCAGAACAGAUCAAGCUGUGUGUCCCUCCAGAGCUGUUCAGGCUCGCUCACCUGCGCUUCGAGUUCAGACACUGCUCCACGAAGGAGAAAGGAGAAAAAAAGCUGUUCGGUUUCUCAUUCGUGCCGCUGAUGCAGGAGGAUGGAAGAACACUACCUGAUGGCACUCAUGAGCUCAUAGUCCAUAAGUGUGAAGAGACUGCAAACCUACAGGACUUGUCUCGCUACCUCAAGCUGCCGUUCUCUAAAGCCAGUCUACAACCGGGAACCAACCAGACCAUGAAGAACAGCAAGGAGUCGUUCUGGAUCCUCUCAACGCUCUGCUCCACCAAACUCACACAGAACGGUGACAUGUUGGAUUUACUGAAGUGGAGGACACACCCGGACCGGAUCAUGGACGGCUUGAACAAAUUAAAGGACAUGGACGGCACAGAGAUAGUUAAGUUUUUGCAGGACACCUUGGACACGCUGUUUGCCGUGUUAGACGAGAGCCCGCAGAGAUACGGACUCAAAGUCUUUGACUGCCUGGUGCACGUCAUCAAUUUGCUGCAGGACAGUAAAUUUCAGCACUUCAAACCCGUCAUGGACGACUACAUUGAGAAUCAUUUUGCAGGCGCUUUGUCAUACAGAGACCUGAUCCGUGUUUUGAAGUGGCACGUGGACCGGAUCAUCGACGCAGAGCACCACGAGCAGAUACAGCAGGUCCUGAAGGCUGCGGAGUACCUGUUUAAAUACAUCGUGCAGUCUCGCAGGCUCUAUGCGGCAGCGACUGCGGCACAGGGUGAGGACGAAUUCCGCUGUUCCAUCCACGAACUCUUUAAGUCCGUCCAUCUGUUCCUUUCUCAUGAGAGCAAAGGAAUCAGCCCCGUCACACACACCCAGGCUGUGUUCCUGAGGUCGUUUCCCACUGUGUGCUGUGAGCUGCUGAAGGUGUUUGGUGUCCGUGAGGUGGCGAACCUGGCACGCGACACACUGAGCAGUCUGCCCGCUCUGACACACGCAGAAUGCCCCCUGCAGGCCGUCAAGCUGCAGUGUGUAGCCAAGACCGUGGAGAGCCCACUUUACACCAACCCAGAGUCACGAUGUGUGCUCCUGCCCGUGAUCCUCCAUCUCCUCCUCACGUACCUGAAGGACCAGAAGGAGUUGGUUCUGUGCGCGAACAUCCUCACCAGCAUGCUGUCUCUCGUCAGCAGAGACCCAAACACAGAGUGUGUGGCACCCGAGGAGGUGAAUGUAAUAAUGGACAGUCUGUCUGGAGUGUUACUGAAGACGAUACUGGAGGUAACCAACCGUCCGCAGCCAGCCGCCACCUCCAUGCGUCUGCAGUAUCAGGAUGUGACUGGUGAGUUUGUGGCCUGUCUGCUGACUCUCCUAAGGCAGUUAAGUGAUAAAGACUACCAGAAGCUUCUGAGUCGAUUCCCUACAAAAGACGAACUAGCGAAUUUUCUUCUGCAGCUGUUCACUGUCUUUCGAAUACUCAUUCGGCCCGACAUGUUUCCUAAGGACUGGACGGUCAUGAGAUUGGUCACCAACAAUGUGAUCAUCACCACGGUCCUGUAUCUCUCAGACACGCUCCGAACCAACUUCCUCAAUGAGAAAUUCGACUUCAAGGUAUGGGAGUCCUAUUUUUACCUCUCUAUAAUAUUCGUCAUCCAGCCGUGUCUCCAGCUGGAGACGUUUCCUCCGUCCAAAAGGAAGAAAGUUCUGGAAAAGUAUGGAGACAUGCGAGUGAUGAUCGGAUGCGAGAUCUUCAGCAUGUGGCAGAAUCUGGGAGACUAUAAAGUGAAUCUGAUCCCAUCUCUGAUCGGUUCGUUUCUGGAGGUGACCCUGGUGCCGCAGCCUGACCUGAGAAACGUCCUCAUCCCUGUCUUCCACGACAUGAUGGACAACGAGGAACGUCGCAGUGGCAACUUCAAACAGGUUGAGGCGAAGCUGAUAGACAAGCUGGAGAGUCUGAUGUCAGAGGGUAAAGGAGAUGAGACCUACAAGGAGCUCUUUAACAACAUAAUACCGCUGUUUGGUCCGUAUCCGAGCUUGCUGAAAAAGAUCGAGAGAGAAACAUGGAGAGAGAGCGGAGUGUCUCAUAUCGCCACGGUUACACGGCUUAUGGAGAGAUUACUUGAUUACAGGGACUGUAUGAAGAUCGGAGAGGUUGAUGGGAAGAAGAUGGGCUGUACCGUCAACCUGCUGAACUUCUACAAGACGGAGCUGAAUAAAGAGGAGAUGUACAUCCGCUACAUCCACAAGCUCUAUGAGCUUCACCUAAAAGCCCAGAACUACACAGAGGCAGCCUACACUCUGCUAUUGUAUGAUGAGCUGUUGGAGUGGACAGAGAGGCCUUUGAGGGAGUUUCUCACCUACCCCAUGCAGAGCGAGUGGCAGAGAAAAGAGUGUUUACAUCUCACCAUCAUCCAUAACUUCGACAGGGGGAAGUGCUGGGAGAACUGUAUCAUCCUUUGCCGAGAGCUGGCCAAUCAGUACGAGGCUUACUACGACUACAGGAACCUGAGCAAAAUGAGACUGAUGGAGGCUUCUCUCUACGACAAGAUAAUGAACCAACAGAGGCUCGAACCGGAGUUCUUUAGAAUUGGGUUCUACGGCAAGAAGUUCCCCUUCUUCUUACGGAAUAAGGAGUUUGUGUGUCGAGGGAACGAUUACGAGCGAUUGGAGGCGUUUCAGCAGAGGAUGCUGAGCGAGUUUCCUCACGCCAUCGCCAUGCAGCACGCCAACCAGCCCGACCAGACCAUACUGCAGGCCGAGGCGCAGUACCUGCAGAUCUACGCGGUCACUCCCGUCCCAGAGAAUCAGGACGUGCUGCAGAGAGACGGAGUGCCAAGCAACAUCAAGAGCUUCUACAAAGUCAACCACAUCUGGAGGUUCCGCUAUGACAGACCCUUUCACAAGGGUACUAAAGAUAAAGAGAAUGAGUUCAAGAGUCUGUGGGUGGAGAGGACCACGCUGAGUCUGGCGCAGAGUCUCCCAGGCAUAUCUCGCUGGUUCGAGGUGGAGAAACGGGAGCUGUUGGAGAUGAGUCCUCUGGAGAACGCCAGCGAGGUGAUUGAGAAUAAAACUCUGCAGCUGCGAACGCUAAUUGCGCAGUGCCAGACGAGGCAGAUGCAGAACAUCAACCCGCUUACCAUGUGCCUGAACGGCGUGAUCGAUGCCGCCGUGAACGGUGGACUCACUCGCUACCAGGAGGCGUUUUUUGGAAAAGAUUACAUUUCCAAUCACUCGGAGGAUGGAGAUAAGAUCACCCGUCUCCGAGAGCUCAUGUUUGAGCAGGCACAUAUUCUGGAGUAUGGCUUGGCUGUGCACGAAAAAUUCGUCCCACAGGACAUGCGUCCGCUGCACAAAAAACUUAUCGAUCAGUUCCACGUGAUGCGAUCCAGUCUGGGCAUACAGCCACAGGAGUUUCCUGCGUAUGUGCGUGUCAGUCCUCUGCAUUUUGCCAAUGGCAGUCCUCGAACCUGCAGGACUCCUGUCCCUAACGCCAUCAGUCCAGACGGAGGACGAAUAGUGGCACGCCGCAGCCCUCUCAGUUACCCGGCUGUCAAUCGCUACUCGUCAUCCUCACUGUCAUCACAGGCCUCCAACGACGUGAGCAACAUCACAGGCCAGUCAGAGAGCUCGGAUGAAGUUUUUAACAUGCAGCCAAGUCCGUCUACCUCAAGCCUCAGCUCGAACCACUCCGGCUCCCAUAAUGUAAACAAUUCAGCUCCCUCAAGCAAUAGAGAUUCUCUCCCAUCAGCGUCUCCACUGCCACUGGACAAACACAAGCAUUCGAAAGAGAACGCAUGUCUCUCCCCCAGAGACCGACUGUGCAGUGGCGUUUUCUCCAACCCUCUGGACCCCACGCAGAGGAUGAUGCCAUUUCAGAUAGACGGAAGUCUGCCCCGUUGCGAGGCCAGUUUCCCCACGGUAGAAACCGCGGCUCAAGGCAAGAACAUAAGGUCUCUGUCUCCUAUGCCAACUUCAAAGUCUCCUCAAAAGAACUCAGCCCCUCCCCUCACCCCAUCUCCUACCGACGGUUUGCCUGCGGGCAGCUUAGCGUCCCACUCACCCGCCCGCUCGGGUAGCUACAGCAGCGGCAUCUCGUCUCUCAGCCGUUGCAGCGUGUCCGAGACGUGCGGCAUCGACGCAGCACCUGAGCCGUCCAUUCCCGCGAUCCUGCCUGCCGAGAACGCCAUCCGCUGCGGCAGCAAGACACCGCCGCCAUACAGUGUGUACGAAAGAAACAACCCGCGCCGUGCCACCCCACUGCCCCACAGCCUGUCCGUGCCGCCUGCCACAGACAACACCAACCUGCCCGCCAAACCUCAGCUGAGCCGCACGCAGAGGAUCAACUCAGAGCCGCGGCACAGGAUCACCCCGCGGAAAGUCUCCCAGCUGUAGAUUCACGUACAAUAUCUAUCCUUAGCACAGGAGUCGCACCUGGAACUGUCUAUGCAGCUCAACCAGGUUAUUGUGAAUGUCUAGUAGUAAGUACUAAGUCACAGUGACUGGACACAGUUGACGUGUAGUCUUGAGGAUGUUUCUUCAUUUAAAACUAAUACUCUUCACAACGAUACCACCGAUCAUCAUUCGACUUGACUUUGCCUACUAGACCACACCCAAGUGGUUACGCCAGGAAAGCAGGAAUAUAUUGAACAUACAGUUUUAUUAUCAGUUUUUUUUUAUUGAAGUGAACAUAAUCACUUCUUCUUUUAAAAAAAAAACUGCAGUAGCUGUUUUGCUUGCUUUAGCAAUGAACCCAAUCUUCUGUGUGUUAUUAAUGAAUAUCCUGCAUAAAGGCAGAAUCCGGUGGGUUUUAUCUUUAUUUUCCCUGACUUUUUUUAUUUUAUUUAUUUUUUUAAAUAUGAUCCACUUCAUACUCGGCAUGACGUUAUUUCAGCUUCAAGUAUUCAUGACCAACUAAUUAUUAAAGCUGAAUGGAAACUGAUUCAGCGUUAUAUAUCUUACAUAUUUUCCGGUAGUAUACGUUCAUAGCUAGUAAGACUCGUGUACAAGUAUAGCCGUUAAGAGAUUAGAAUCCUACUCUAAAAGGGCAUAUAGUUUACAGUUUCGUCUUUUGAUCUGGCAGGUCCACAUACCACUUUAGAGCAAAGGUCUGAAGCAUACCGGUAUUUUUGAUAGAUGUACAAAAGCUCAUAUCUGUACAGUAUUACGCUUAUUCGACAGCAUUUUGUUUUGUUUGUUUUUUGUUUUUUUAGGCCUUAUACAUGGACAAAGAUGUGCAGCUAGUCCUGCAUCUUGUUUUAACCGCUUUGUCCUUUCUGGAAUGGCUGAAAGGUGCUACAUACAGUAUUUCUUAGUGUUUCUUUCUGACGUAGCCUUGUAGCUGCCGAACCUGCCUGACCGUUAAUCGUGCAAUGUAAUGAAAUCGUGUGGUCUCCAAGUAUUGUGCCAAAGAAUCAAAACAGUAUUAACAUUUCUGUCGGUGAGAGUAGCUAGGGCAGCUUAGAGCUCACAUAGCCGCGUGAAUGCUUGUGCUUGACAAUGUGCUUUUUAAUGCAGUGCGCUGAGGCCUAGAGUACGAUAGCAUGAGGCAUGUACAGCAUCAAGCAACAUAACCGGUGUUAGUUUCCUCGAGAGUGCGACUUUCUAAGAAUACAAAGUCCCAGACUGGUUUUUGCAGUGAUUUCAGAAACGUGUGCUGAUAGAAUUUGGUGAACAAAAUGUUCUGUGAUCAAAACGGCUUUUUUUAAGGUGCCAUAUUUGAGAAUGUAGGUGAGCUGUCUUGGAAGAAAGAAGAAAAAAAUAAAAAAUUGUUGACUUGGAGUUGUAUUUUAGGCGGUCAUGCACAAACAUUAAACCAGUUCUGACUGCCAAAAGCACAACAAUCAUGGAAUUAAAGGAACACUGUACUGAUAUUUUUAUUAGAUUUUCAUUCUUCUUUUCACGGAGCCCCUAAAAGAACAUCUACAGUAUGUAAAAACAAACAAAUAAUAAUAAUAAUUUUAAAAAAAAUCCUAGAAUUAUCUACCACAAAGUUUUUUUUAUGUGUGUUUUUAGGGGCUCUGUAUGUUUGAACUUUGUUUAAAAAAUGUAAAAUAUUUAACAUUAUUUUUAGAUUUUUUUUUUUUUACUUUUUUAUGCCAAUCAUCCCUGGAUUUUUUUAUUUUAAUGAUAAUGCAGGACACCUUCAUACCAUGAUUAAACAUUCCUCCCCUUUUAGAUUUACCUAAAGCUGUGUUAAGAUUUUAUGACUUGAACAUGUGUUGGAGUUUAAACAAGUAACGAGACAAAUGCUGAUAAUCGGUUCUAAAAGAAAUUGCAAUACUUAACAAUCAGUAUUAUUAUUGUUAUGGAUACUGUGUCUGUCCCGUGUGGAUAGCUGUCUCCUCCAGAGAAGACAGACGGUGGUGUGUGUCCUCUUCAGAGAAUGUAUUUUUAAAAAUCUUACUGGUGAUAAUAUUGUAAACUGAGAACACAGGUUGGGCAAAUACCAUUCAAUGAUAAAUUUAUCCGUUUAUAUGUUUACCGAUGCCUAAAAAGUCAGUUUUCCUUUUAAAUAUUUUACCUUGUGUGUGCCAGCACAAAUUCUACAAUUGCCAAAAAAAAAAACAUUUUGUGAAAAAGCAGCAAGAACGACAAAACACCUAAUAGCUGUUCACUGCCGAUCUGCCAACCUGAAUCAUUUUAUGAAUGAUUAUUAAUAUUGUUAGAGACCAUGACACAACCUUUUGAGAUUUUAAUGCUUGUUUAACUUGUUUAUAGUUGCUACUACUGUGACUCUGUUUGUCAGCAUAUUGUUACUAUAAUGUUUGCACCUAGUAAGAAAAAAAAAUAUUCUGAGAAAAAAAAAUGCCCUUUACGUUGUCUGAUUUUAUAUUCAAUUAUGCUUGAUGGAAGACAGAGUAAUAAUCAUCCAGCUCAACUUCAUACAGGGUAAUUUGAAUAAUUCUGGCACUAACAAAAAAUAUUUCAAGCCAUUUUUCCCACAGCAAGACAAAUGAAAUAUUAAUCUGUGCCAAAAAAAAAAGAUGAAUCAGCACCUAAACGAUUACAUCAGUGACACUAAUGUUAACUACUAAAUACUACUAAUGAUACUGAAGCUGCACAGCUAAACUGUUUGUUUGUUUAUUUGUUUGUUUGUUCUUUGACCAUCACUGUAAUUUUAUUGUUCUUGUAAAGAAGCACAGUUUUAAGUCGAUCAUUGGUUUCUUAAGCAAACCCAAGUAAUUGCAGCUAAAGUGGAUUCAGGCUCGGAAACGCAUGACUCUGUAAAUGAUGGCCAUUAGUAUGUUACUUGUAUGAAUGACUUGAUAAAAGUGCUACAGUUGUGUUCACAUACUCCGAUGCUACUGAAGUUGCUCAUUCUAGGCAAUUUUGUAAUUUUUAAUAGAUUGCCUAGUGACCACUUUUAGAUAAAUAAACUAGUAUUCUUGUAUUAUCUCUCUUUUUCUCUCACUUUGUCUCACCUUUUGUAUGGAUUAGGUUUGAUUUUUUUUCUUUUUUUUUUUCAAUUUUUUGAACCUGUAAAGUUGUACUUUAUAUCAUAUAAUGGGAUGAAAGUAUUCCAUAUAGCCUGUGUUACAGAUUUUGUACAAACUGUGUUUAUAUGAAAAUGUAACCAGUUCAUAGGCUUUGAAUGUUGCAAUGAAAAUUUUUAUUUGUAAAUGUUGACUAUUAGACAACUAAAUAAAGGUCAAUUGAUGUACAAAUGGUUAAAAGAAUAAAACCAUAUUAACAUUCCACUAU